AUGGCCAACAUCCAGCAGCUCUUUGGCGAGCUCGAACGCCAUAUCAAGCGCGAGGAACAUGACAAAGUUCUCGUCAUUAGCGACAAGAUUCUCGCAGUGGACCCCAAAGACAAGGACGCGCUUCACUGCAAAGCCAUUACUUUGAUCCGCCUGGAACGUUACCCCGAUGCUCUCUCCAUCCUCAACCGUGGUCUCGAGGGCAAGUUUGUCUUUGAAAAGGCUUACUGUCUUUACCGCACCAACCAACUCUCCGACGGUGCUACUCUGAUCGAGGCGACGCGCAAGCAUGUUCAGUUGACUGGCGGUCAGCUCCCCUGGGAUUUGCGCCACUUGGAGGCUCAGAUGCUCUACCGUAUGGAACGUUAUCAAGAUUGCAUUGAGCUCUACGCCGGAAUGCUCAAGGACACCUCAAAGUCGGAUGACAGCUACAACGACAUCAUGACCAACUUUAAUGCCUGCAAGGCGGCUGUGCUCUACUCGGGAGAGACUCUAGAUGAACGCUGGAAGGCCGAGGAUGUAAUCAAGACCACCUAUGAGCUCAGCUUCAACUCGGCCUGUGCACGUAUUGCGCAGGGUGACUACACCCAGGCUCUUACUCUGCUGGAGGAAGCCAAGACCCUUUGCCGCGAGUCAUUGAGUGAAUAUGAUGAGGAGGAGAUCGAACAAGAGAUGGCUAUUAUUAUUGUUCAGACGGCCUACGUCUACCAAUUGCUCGGACGCACCGAGCAGGCCCGCGAGCUCUACCAAUCGGUUCUCAAAAUCAAGGCUUUGGAGGUCACGGUUCCAGCAGUUGCCGCCAACAACUUGGUUGCUAUUCAAAAGGAGGAUGACUUGUUCGAUUCGACGAAGAAGAUCAAGUCCGCCAACACCAAAGCCCUUGGAGUCAAGUUUCUUUCAUCUCAGAAGAGAACCAUAGCCAUGAACGAGCUCUUGCUUCAGCUCUACCAGAACAAGUUUGCCGCCUGCCGUGAUACCGCUCAGCAGUUGCUCAAAUCUCAACCCGACAACGACGCCCUCUACCUCAUCCUGGCUGCCACCUUGCACCGCCAAAAGAAGACCGCCAAAGCGUUGGAGGAGCUGAAGGAGUUUGCUGCUGCCAAGCCGGAUUCAGUUGCCGUUCAAUUUGCAAUUGUUCAGUUGGAGCUGAUCAACGGACAGGAUUAUACGACCGCUAUCGAGUCUUUGACCCGCUUCUUGAGGUCAUUGCCCGAGAAGGAGCAGCAUCGUCCAGGGUAUGUCGCAUUGUUGGUCUGGUUGUACGACCAGGCUGGUCAGGGCGAGAAAGGAGUUGAUCUGUUGAGCGAGGCCAGUGCUAUCUGGACCAAGAAUAACAAGGGAUCGGGAUCAAACACAGCAUUGCCCUUGACAUUGUUGAGGCAGACUGCUGCCUUCAAGCUGAGAUCGCACCGCUACAAAGACGCCGCCAAGGAUUACGAGGAGCUUGUUCGUGCCGAUCCCUCCGACCCCGCCAGCAUCGCGGGCUUGAUUAUGGCCUACUCCGAGUUCGAACCGACCCUGGCCGAGAAGUACGGAGCCUCUUUGCCUGAGAUGAAGAAUGUGAUGGCCUUGGAUGUUGAGUCUCUCGAAAGAGUUGUUCCAGGAUUGAAGCGCGAAUACGUGUCAACUGAGAACGCAGGAGCCGCUAUUGGCGGCGGCCGCCGCCCAUUGGGUCCUGGAUCAAGAUCUCGUCGUACUGGAGCCCGUCGUCUCAGGAAGCGCAAGCCCUUGUUGCCCAAGAACUAUGAUGCUGCUGCUCCUGGAACACCUGAUCCUGAGAGAUGGUUGCCAAAGCGCGAUCGUGCAGCAGCGCGCCUAGCCAGGACCCGCAAGACUGGCGGUGGCUCAAGAAAGGACAUGGGCAAGGGACCUCAAGGACUGAACUUGGAGGGCGGUGGCAUCGGUGGCACAGGUAGUGCUAGAAUUGCCGGGCGCGAGCCUAUUGCACCUGCAGCUCCUGCAAGGGAGAUUCCAGUUGUCGAGGAGGUUGUUGAUAUUGCAGCUAUUGCCAAGGCAAAGAGUUCUUCAAACUCGAGCAAAAAGAAGAAGGGCAAGAGCAAGGGCAAGUGGUGA